CACCCAGCCACGCACGUCACCAAGCCACUGCAAGGCCUCCCCACCCCCCAACACACAUCUUCAUGUUUGCUUCCAAGAUCCACAAGUGCUUGGAGGAGGAGGAGAAGAUCACCAUCGAAGAUGUUGCUGUCGCCAGCCACGGGUUCAGCAGCUAUUGGGUGUGGUUCACCACGGCAGACGGCAAGUUGCACAAGACAACGGUGCACCAGAAGCAAUCCACAUCGACGUUCUUUGCAGCAGACAAAGAAGACGAGCAGUGGUUCCAACUCACCACAAACACCCGCCCAAGCAGCAUGUGCUUGAGCUCCGAUCGACAGUUCCUGCUGGUCGGACACAUGGACGGGCAGCUCAUCUCCGUGGACGCGGAUCUGCGCAGCUCAACCUUGAUCGGCCGGGUCAAGUCCGGUGCUCCAAUCUGCACCAUCGUCUACGACGAAGCACACUGCUGCUUCUGGACAUGCUCAUCAGACCUCGGCCUCACGGCGUGGGAUGCCAACACCCUGCUGCCCAUCUGCUCCGUUGUCCUGCAGGCACCAGAGGAGUGCGCGCGCGACAACCCAUACGCGGCGUGCGUCCGCUUUACGAACCGACUCAUCGUCAUCAGCACGGGCGAAACACUGCUCAACGCCAUGCUGCCACAGGAGUGCAUGGCCCACCUCAAGUCGCCGCGACCGCAGCGAACCAACCGCCCGUCCGACCUCAUCUGCGUCCUCGAUGACUGGUUUCCCCCCGAAACCGCGUUCGACACCCCAAUGGACCAGCCACGAUUGGCUGCGCCGACAGAGACGCACGGGCGGGCGCAGGGCAUGGUGGUGGGGUCACUAUCAUCACCACCAGUGUCAGCAUCGUCAUCAUCAGCAGCGCGAUCACAGCAACAGCAGCAGCAACAACAGCAACAACAGCAACCAUGGUCGUCGUCGCCGUCGUCUUCAUCAUCGUCGUCUCACACCACGAGCGAUGCUGCUUCCACCAACACCACCGGCAGUGUGAGCAGCGCCAGCAGCACUGCAGGUGGUGACCACACAGCCCCUCCGGCACACGCAACACGCCAACACCAAGGCCAACAACAACAACAACGACAAGAACAGCGACAAGAACAACACCACCAUCAACACCAUCAACACAAGCAGAAGCAGCAGCACCACAAGCCACCGAGAAUACAGCACAAGCACCCGCAGCACAUGGAGGUGGCGAUUGGCGCAAACAUGUGCGAAGAGCAGCCGCUGCCUGUGGUCGAGGCGCAGCUGCAUGUUCUCCUCUCGGACGCCGAUCUCUCUGUCCACUCGUUCACGUUUGGGUUGCAGCAGGAGGUGUGGUGCGGCAGCCACGUGAGCUCUCGCCUCUUUGUCUAUGACAUUGCAUUGCGCAAGAUGGCGCUGUCCUGGCUGCUGCAGUGCACGGGCAUUACCGCCGUUGCCAACCACGCCGACAACGUGUGGGUGGGCACGAAAGAGGGCAUGACAUAUGCGUGGGACGCACGCACGCACGCGCCGCUCAUGCAAAUCUCCUUUCACACAGACAUGGUCCGCUGCUUCGCAGGCGCAGGUGCGGUGCUUGUGAGCGGCAGCGGAUCUGGAGACGGUUCCAUUGUCGUCUGCGACGCCGCCGAACUCUUGAAGCGCAAAUGCUUUUCCGUCACGGGAUCGUCCGCCCUCGCUGACGGCGACCCUGGUGUCCCGCAGUAUUCUGUGGACCGUUAUGGGUUCUACCGCAUGCACGUGCGAACACACGUUGGCCCCGCCUCUGCUGCCGAUGGCAACUGUGGCCACCUUAGACCAACACAGCGCGCGCUCCCAGAAUCCUUUGUCGACAAGCACUCUGUAUUGCUGGAAGCGUCAGCGCUGUCACUGAAGGACUUUGAACACUCAACGGCUUGGGAUGAGCUGAGCGCAUAUGUGCGCAACAUCAAUUUGCACGAGAGCGUGGCGCCUUCAGAGGUGGACCGUAUCCGACAGCACAUCAUGGAGAAGAAAUGGCUGUUCCGCGUUGGCAUUCCCGAGGAGCACCGCGUAUCCAUGUGGCGCUGCAUCGUUCGCCUCCGCACACACGCAAUCAGAAGGUUCAAAAAGCCCGGCUACUACCAACGCAUGCUCGAGUACAAGGGAACAACGCGCACGCCGUUCCCGCAGGCGGAACAGAUUGACGUGGAUCUGCAGCGCACCUUCCCAAACAACAUCCACUUCCAGACGAAGGAUCAGCCGCUCCUGCUUGCGCUUGAUCGCAUUUUGCGCGCGUUUGGAUGGCACAAUCCCCGCGUCGGAUACUGCCAGGGCCUGGGCCAGCUUGCUGCGUUUGCGCUGCUGAUACUUGAGGAGGAGGAUGCGUUCUGGGCGCUGACGGCGAUUGUGGAGGACAUUAUGACCGCAAACUACUACUGCGCCCCACUGCUCCAGGCACACAUCGACAUGGACGUUCUUGGAGACUUGAUCAAGCGGUAUAUGCCGGAGUUGCACGACCACUUUACGGCGGCUGGCGUGCUCCUCCACUUCUUCCUUAAAUGGUUCAUGACUGCGUUUGUGAACGUGGUGCCCGCGUUUGUCACGUUCAUCAUCUGGGAUGCGUUUCUUCUCGAAGGCCGAGAGGUGAUUUUCCGGUUUGCCCUGGCCAUCCUCAAGUACCAUGAAGAGGCGUUACUCAAGCUUGACAACGAGGACGCGUGCUAUUCGUAUUUAAAGACAGAGGUGCCCACGACGAGCGACGUGGACCGCCUCAUGGAGCUGGCGUACAGCUGGGAGGGGUUGGGUGAAGUGGUGGAGGACAGGACAAAACAACACGAAGAGGAGGUCACGCAGAGGCUCGGCUGAAGUUGCAAGGCUCUUGGUCACUUGGAUCGCCACACAUACACACACACUCACACACAUAUUAUGCUAUGUGAUGCGGCAUUGCCUGUCUAUUACGUUGCGUGUCAGCACACUGUGUUCUUAGUCAGUGUUGAUGAAAGUGAGAGCAAGACUCGCUUGUGGAGACAACAGUGACAUGACAUGAUGUGUGUGACACGUUGAGACAGCAGUGUGCGUUCCAUUGCACACACGUGCUGUGGCUACCUGCCAUCACAAUUACGACACCAUAAAUUGUAUUCACCAUC